AUGCGUUUCUCGACUGCUUUGUUGGCAUCUGCCGCCGCUCUAACCGUGAGCGCGCAAAACGGCUACAAGGGUUUCAAUUACGGAGCCAACUUCAUGGAUGGAACCCCCAAGACUGUUAAUGACUUCGAAUAUGAAUUCAAUGCCGCAAAGCAACUUCCCGGCACCAAUGGAGAUUGGACCAGCGCCCGUCUCUACACCAUGAUCCAGCACGGAAGCACCAACACCGUCAUCGAAGCUAUCCAGGCCGCCAUCAACACCAAGACUUCUCUCCUCCUCGGCCUCUGGGCUUCGGUCCCCUCAGAGCAGUUCGCCAAUGAGAUUGCCGCUCUCAAGGCAGCUAUCGCUCAGUACGGUACUGCUUUCACUGAUCUCGUCGUUGGUAUCUCCGUCGGCAGUGAGGAUUUGUACCGCAUUACUCCCACUGGAAUUGAGAACAAGUCCGGUGUUGGAGCCUCUCCCGACCAGCUCAUCGAUUACAUUCGCCAGACUCGCUCUGCCAUUGAGGGCACCACCCUUGCUGGAGCACCCGUUGGCCACGUCGAUACCUGGACCGCCUACGUCAAUGGUAGCAACAACGGCGUCAUCUCUGAGCUCGACUUCCUCGGAAUGGACGCUUACCCCUACUUCCAGACCACCAUGGCCAACAGCAUCGAGAACGCCAACGAGACCUUCUACGACGCCUAUGAUGUUACCGUUGCCGCUUCUCAGGGAAAGCCUGUCUGGGUGACCGAGACCGGAUGGCCCGUUUCCGGAGAGCAGCAGAACCAGGCCGUUGCCAGCCCCGAGAAUGCCCGUACCUUCUGGGCAGAGACCACCUGCAGCUUGUUGAAGGCCAACAUCAACCUUUUCUUCUACACCCUCCAGGAUGCUCAGAUGGGUACUCCCAGCCCCAGCUUCGGUAUCAAGCCCGCAGGCGAUCUCCAGCAGGUUCAGCCUCUGUGGGAUCUUUCUUGCCCUGCCAGCGCUAAGCCCUCGUCUCGAACGAUCCCUCUAAGUGAUCCACCUCCAGCUCCCACGACCACAGGCACAACACCAAUCUCUUCCAUCACUUCCACCAGCACCAGCAUUGGACCCCAACUCCCCGUACCGACAAGUCUAGACGAAGUGUUCCAGAUCCCCCAACUCCUCAUCCCUAUAGACCACUCGCGCCCCGAUACCCCACUUGGUAGUCAAUUCAUCGGCCAGCUUUCCCCGACCUACUCCACCCUCGUCAACUUCCAAUUCCCUGCCUCGUUCGCCGGAAAGCUAUGCACCUUCAUCUUCUACAUGCCACCCAUCGCCAACGGAUGGUGGUCGCCCUAUCAAUUGAAAUCACCCGGCGGUCUCAGCGUCUCCCGCAUGCUUCGUCCCGCAACCGUAUCAACCACGCCCAACAACCUCGGAGCCACGCAGCCCAUCGGCGCAGUUUAUCCGUUGACGUUGGGCCAGGGACACGUCGUUGGGAGUCUACCUUGUGAUGGCGGGGGGCAAACUGUGGGGUUUCAGAUCAGUGCGCUAGCGGGGUUGGAUUUCUCGUGGUACCAGUCUGUGCAGCCGCCUGUGGGGUUGUUCGUAAGGGCGAAUGGGUGAUGGAGGAGAUGGGUGGAGGAGGUGGGGUGGAAGCCUGUGGACUGUGGGAAGUGUGGAGCGAUAGUAGACAUUCAUGAUAGAUGAGAAAAAAGCCGCUAGGCUAUGUACAUAUGUUGGGUAAUGUUAAUGUUUCUCCAAAUCU